GAUAAGACGCGUUUUAUGGUCUGAACUGGAGCUGUGCAGCUGAGGAGUUCCUGCAUGGUGGCCAGAACAGAACGACUCUGACUUGAUUUUUCAUCUGCAGCAGCUAUGAGGGCUUAUUUUAGAGUAGGAGUGAUUGGAGCUUUUUUAUUCUUCGUGUAUCUAAUUAUCUUCAUGACUGGGUGGUGGAGAGAAGAAAAACCGCGUCAGAAACACGUCACAAACCAGGAAGCCAUGAACCGAAAACUGGACAGGAUUCAAGAGAGUCUAAACAAGCUAGCAAAUCUACUAGAGAAACCUGAAAAGAAAAACUCACCAGAAGAACUUUCUCCAAAUGAAAACCAAAAAGAGCCCAAAAAGGCGGCGCAGAAGUUGUACCCAAACUCUGAGCUGUUUGUGAAGUGGGGCGACGGCCUGUCAGAGGAGCAGCAGAAGGAGGCCGUAGCUCUUUUUCAGAUUUAUGGCUACAACGCUUUCCUCAGCAACCAGAUCGCCCUCAACCGGGAACUUCCUGACAUGAGAGAUCCCAGAUGUCUGAAGAAGAAAUACCCCAGCGCCCUGCCCAGCGUCAGCGUGGUGCUGAUCUACGUUAACGAGGCGCUCUCUGUGAUUAAGAGGGCGGUGCGAAGCGUCAUCACCAACACGCCUCAACGCCUGCUGAGGGAAAUCAUCCUGGUGGACGACCACAGCACCUACAGUGAGCCCAGUCCAACUUCAGACUUUUUAAAGUCAAGUUCACAGACAAAUGUUAAAUCCCGGACCAGCGGCUGGGAGCAUGCCACUGGAGACGUAGUGGCCAUUUUAGAUGCUCACAUUGAAGCUACAAGAGGAUGGGCAGAACCUCUGCUGGCCCAGAUCAAAGCUGACAGAACCGUUGUGGUGUCUCCUGUGUUUGAAAAGCUCCACUUUGAUGAUCUGCAUGUGCAAAGACACAUGUCGUUUGCUCAGGGCUUUGACUGGGCCCUGUGGUGCAUGUACGAGUUCUUCAAACCAAACUGGAACGAUGUGGAUGAAUCACAGCCUCAGAAGAGUCCGUCUCUUAUGGGAAUCUUUGCAGCAGACCGAGGUUUUCUCGGAGAAAUUGGAGGACUUGAUGGAGGCAUGACAGUUUAUGGAGGGGAAAACGUGGAGCUCGGGAUCCGCGCGUGGCUGUGUGGAGGAAGCGUGGAGGUCGUGCCUUGCUCCAGGGUCGCUCACAUCGAGAGAGCUCACAAACCGUACGCACCAGAUCUGAACCCGUCCAUGAGGAGGAACGCGCUGAGGCUCGCAGAGAUUUGGUUGGACGAAUACAAGAAAAACGUUUUUAUUGCCUGGAACGUCCCUCUGAAGGACCACGGUAUCGAUAUCGGCGACGUGUCCAAGAGGAAAAUCCUGAGAGAGAAGCUGGAAUGUAAACCUUUCAGUUGGUACCUGGAGAACGUUUACCCGAGUCUGGAGCGAUGGGACGACAUCCUGGGCUACGGUGUGCUGCAGAACAGCCUGGUAAAGCAGCAGUGUGUGGAUCAGGGAGACGUUCCUGGCAGCAUCCCGGUCUUAUACGACUGCCACCUCGAGGAACCGCAGAAAUGUUUCUACAACACAGAGGGUGAAAUCAUCAUCGGUGGCCUGAGGUCCCAUAAAUACAGCCGGAACCGCUGCCUGGUGGAUCCGGGCUCCGGAAGCAUUCCCACUCUGCAUGAGUGCAACACAGCAAGGCUGAACCAGUUACACAUGAACUGGGACUUCAGGCAGGGUCGAGAAAUAAGGAACAAAGCUACGCGGCGAUGUCUGGAGAUCGCUCCAGGAGAAUACCUGGACUACCAGCUGGUCAUCCAGCGCUGCAGCGGCCAGAACUGGACCAUCCAGAACCUCGUCACCACAGCCUAGCGCCACUCAGCCACAGCUGGGGCUCACAUCAUAAAAACGUUUAUGAUGCAGCAGGAAACGGACAGACGGUUCAGGACGUCACCUGCUUUAGAUUUACUGCAUCAUCUACCUUCACCUGUAGCCAGAACCUAAAUAAAGAGGCGAGAUCAGAUGAUCAGAUGAUCAGAUGUCUGCUGGGGACACCAGAAUGUCCUGGGGGGCGAUGUGUCCUCUGGACGGACGGAUGGACGGACGGUGUCUCUGGUGCUAUAGUUUUAUAUUUGUGGUUGUAACUGAGAAGUUAAAGUUGUAGAGAAAAAUCCUGGAAGAGUUUUGUAACAGCUGUUCCACUUCUUCUUCUUCUUCUUCUUCUUCUUCUUCAAAUUCUUCAGUAAGACACAAAUUGUUUUCUUUGAGUCACUCACAGUUUUUCCCCAAAUGGUGCAAAACAAAUUCUCACAUGUCAGAAAAAAAUAACUUGCAAAUAUUUGUUAUU